AUGGCUGAAUCUGUAACUCCAAGUAAUCCAUUGACAAAUUCUAUUUCUUUAAAUGGAGAAGAAAUUAAUCCGUCAGUACCAACAAUGGCAACAACAGAUACUGGCAUUGCACCAACACACACAACAAUUAUUACAAAUCAACCAGUCACUGAUGAAAAUGGUAGUAAUGAAACUAUUGUUACAAAAAAAAGGAAGAAGACUUCACCAAUUUGGGACGAUUUUGAUCAAGUUGAAAGUUCUGAAGGUACAAAAGCUAUUUGCAAGUAUUGCAAAUCAGUGUUUUCUUACGCUGGAAAAGGAGCAAGUACUUCACAUUUAUGGAGGCAUUCUAGUAGUUGCUUACAAAGGAGAUUGCAUGUUGCUGCACAAAAGAAGCAACCAUUGAUUCCAUUUCAACCUUCCAAUUCAAGUGUUAAUCCCUUUGUGACACCAGGUGCAAGAUAUUCUCAAGAGAAGAUGAGACAAAUAAUUGCUACAGCAAUUAUGAUUCAUGAGCAUCCUUUCAGCAUUGUUGAGGAUGAAGUUUGGAUGUGGGGCUUCCAAUAUGCCAAUUCUGAAUUUCAUAAAAUUUCUCGCAAAACUGCUCGAAGUGAUUGCUUGGCAAUAUAUGAGGCUGAAAAGAAACAACUGAAGGCUUUGUUACAAGGUGUUAGAAAGAUAAGUUUGACAACUAACAUGUGGAGAUCAAGUCAUCAAAUUAUUGAAUAUAUGGUUAUCACAGGUCAUUUUAUUGAUGCAGGAUGGAAUCUUCAAAAAAGGAUUUUGAGUUUUGUUCAGGUACCUGCUCCUAGACGUGGCAUUGAUGUUGCGGAUGCUAUUUUCAAGUGUUUGAAGACUUGGGAAAUUGAAAACAAAGUCUUCUCAGUAUCUGUUGACAAUGCUUCCUAUAAUGAUUCAUGUCUAAGGGCUCUUAAGGAUACUAUUUCAGAUAACAACUCAUUACCUGUUGGUGGUAGUUUGUUUCAUGUUAGGUGUUGUGCAUACAUUCUGAAUUUGUUGGUACAAGAUGGGCUAGGUAAAAUUAAAGGUAUUAUUCAUAAAGUUCGUGAGAGUGUCCAGUAUGUCAAUUUUAAUGAUUCAAGAUUUAAAACAUUUGUUGAGAUUGCUGAAAACAAGCGUUUGAAGGAGAAAAAACUCAUCAUUGAUUGUCCCAUAAGAUGGAAUUCUACUUACAACAUGUUAUCUGUGGCUUUGAAGUUUAAAUCUGUUGAGUAUCCUACUGCAAAUUUGUACCUUCCUGAAGUUUGGAGAGUGAAACAAGUAAUUGAUGAUGCUAUUGAAGAUAGAGAUUCCUUCAUGAGAGAAAUGGCAACCUCAAUGAAAGAAAAGUUUGACAAAUAUUGGGGAGAAUGCAAUAUGGUAAUGUCUCUUGCUUGUGUUUUGGAUCCUAGGUGCAAAUUACAUGUUAUUAAAUUCUGUUUUCCUUUCAUUUACAAACCUGAACAUGUGGCUGUAACAGGCCUAUUAACAGGCUUCAGGCCAGGCCAGAUUUAA